AUGUCGCAACUGAGCUCCCCUAUUGUGUUCUCAAUGGAGAGUUUCACGCAGGCGAUGGAGCUCACCCACACGUAUCAGCCUGGUGUAACGCAGCAGCAACGGCAAGAGGCAGAGCAGUAUCUCAUGGAACUGCGUGUCACAGCCGAUGGACUUAACUUAGCAUUUGGUAUCAUCAAUAGCGAGCCGGUGCAGGACACGUGCUGUUUUUGGGCAUUCAACACCAUCAUGCAUCAUCUUCCUCGCAUUGCGCGUGAUGUUGAUGAUACCAAGGCGGAGGAACUCUACAAAACACUCUUCUCAUUUAUCUACCGCUACUUUUUUUCAUCCAACGCGCCAACCUCAGUGUCAGGUGCGUCGUUAAUAGGCCUUACGGCAACUUCCUCUUCUACGGUUAACUGCACCGUUCUGAGCGGUGUUGCCACAGGCACGCGGCAACGGCAGUCUAUCGACUACCUUGCGAAUAAGCACGCCCAAAUGAUGGUGGCUGGAUUGCAAGAGUUCUUCCCGUCUCGCUGGCGUUCAUUCUUUGAUGAUGCAUUUGAGCUCAUCAACCGUGGCGCAUCCCUUCAGCAACAUAUUCGCGAUUCUGUAACUUUGUACAUAUUGCGGCUGUUUGAAUAUAUUGAUGAACGCGUCGUCUCAGUGCGCGAGCGAAGUGAUAGAAGCCGCGAUCAAAGAGCGCGCGACAUGGAGUUAAAGGAUGCCAUGCGAGAACAUGUCAUUCCUCGUGCUACUGCAUUUUGGCAUGCAACGUUAUGUGAGUGCCGACAGCGGGUGCCUGAACUGGCAAAUAUUUGCAUGAGCAUCGUGCAAACCUACAUUGAAUGGGUCGACAUCUCCCUCUUCUUUACCGCGGAGUGGAUCAACCUGCUGUACUUUAUGCUCUCGGCAGAUACCGUUCGCGGUGCUGCAUGUGAGUGUCUGUGUGGGUUAGUAGAAAAGAAGCAAGUAUCCGCUGCGAAGUUAGAGUCACUGCGUAAGCUCAACGUCGUGGACGCGGUACCACGAGUUGUAAGUUUAGUACCUGCACCGCCAGAGAGUGAUGAAGAUGUGAACUUUACAGAAUCGGUGGCGAAACUGGUGCGGGAGGUGUCUAUGCAGUUCCUGUCGCUUUAUGAACACAUCACUAGCAACCGCAACAACUACGCCAGUUGGGGUGGAGUGAGUGGCGCUCGUGGAAACCAUGCGAAUAUGAGCCACAAUAGCAGCAGCGCGGAAACAGCUACGUCUCCACCCUCACUCAGCUGUGUGAGGAGCACGGAAAGCUUAGAUGCAGAAGGUGGCAUCGAUUGCACCAACGUGGAUUGCAGGAACUUUCAGGGGCGCCAACAGCAACAACACUCAUAUUUCGUUCCUGAUGGUCACCUGUCUGUGGAGUUCCUUGGUGAGGUUCAAGUAGCGUUAGAUGUUGUUGUUCCGGAAUUGUUGCGACUGCUAAGCAUUCGUCACGACGUUGUUGUGGAUACACUUAUUCCAUUCAUCCAAAUGUAUAUCAAGUCCUCUGCUCUGCGUGAGGAGCAGGCAGCACAGCUCCUUCGUGCACUUUACGACCACACGGUCAUAGGAGGCGUGGCAGAGAAUGAGGAACCUUUUUGGAUGGAUGACAUCAUCGACCGCCGCAAGCAGAUGCACAACAUAAUGCGGCUGUUGUUUAGGGAUCAUCCUGCAGUUGUAAUGCCGCAUCUUCGGGAAGUCGUUGCGCGAGCCGCUAGUAGCGCCUCCGAUCCAACGACCACUUCUGCUGAAGGUUUCGGUCAGACCGGAGUGAUGGGGCAGGACAAGGAUUUAAAGUCGCAUGGAAUUGAUAACAUUAGCAAUGGGAGAGGCCUCAACUGUGAAGGGAUUAGUGCGGCUGUAGGCGGCAGCAGCAAUACGGCUAGCAGCCCGGAAGAGGCUGAGGCUGCACUGCGCUACUUGUAUGAAUUAGGUGAAUCCUUUCGCAUGGAGCAACUCCGGGACAGCUCCAAUGAGUUUGCUCAACUCAUAUUCGCUGUGCUCACCUCAGAGCACCUUCCACAGCAUACCUGCUCUGUUGUACACGUAAGCUAUUUCGAGGUUUUGGACCGUUACUGCGUCUUUUUCACGUACCAUAGGAAUUACAUACCACUACUUCUUCAACGACUGCUGCUUAUGCCACAUGGCGUUAUGAACUCGAGUCCGAACGUGCGCGCCCGAAUUUGUUACUUAUUUGGUCACCUCGUGCAGGUGCUCAAGUCAUCCUUGGUGCCACAUGUGCAAGAUAUCAUUACUGCACUUCAACGUAUCCUCGCCGCUACGGAGUACCUCCUACCCAGCAACCGGCGGGAUUUAUACGAGGCCAUUGGAAUUUUACUGAGCACAGUGCCGCAGUUACCCGCUGCUGGUGCAACGGAAGGAACGGCCAUGACGCUUCAUGUCGUUCAAGUCGUGAGGCAAAACCUUCGGGAUGCCUCCGUCGUAGGUAACAUCGCUUGCGCCGAGGCGGUGGCGGACGGGAUAUCAUUUCUCACAGCCCUGGUGAAGGGGCUCCGUGGUGGUGGUGGUGGUGGUAGUAGCGGUAGUGGCGCCGCAGUAAAUAACGCAACUUAUACCUCCCCUAAUAAAAACAGUAGCGGCAGCGGAAGCAACGCAUGUAGCGAAAGUAUUAAAAUUAAUAAUGCUACAGACGGUAAUUCGGUUUCGGAAUCCACCGGUGAGGCAGUGGUGGCUGAGGUAUUUCAUAACGUUACAUCCGAUGUAAUGGAAGUAUUCAGUACAUGGCACGCGUCUCCAUCCGUACGAGACCGUAUAGUGCAGUACUUCACACAAAUGGCUCAUCUACUUCCCUUCGACUCCAUGAAGGUGUAUGUUCCUGUGUACACUAGCAACUGGUUGAUGUGGAUGGAAGCGGUACAAGAGUUGAUCAAACUCCUACGGUUCCUUCUUCAGUUUAUUCACCGAAGUGGCCCCUGCGUGGCAGAAAUACUCUCGCAACUUAUGCCGCCUCUGCUCGAGAAAGUUAGUGCCGUGGGUGAACUCUCCGCUGAGGAUGAUCAAUCAGAUAUUGUGUCGGAAACCAUGCGGGAACAGCGAGAUGUGUAUCGACAGCUAUUUGCCGUCGUUCAUGGUGCUGCGCAAGCACAGUGUGCGCACGUCAUUCUUUUUCUCCCGUCUGUCAAUCUCAAUGCCUUGUUAGUUCAGCUUCUCACGGCAAUUCAACUUCCUGGAGAAACGGAACUACCGAAGAUUGCGCUUCAAAUCAUGACGAAGGUCACAGCCACCGUUGAACCAUGUUGUACGAACAAUGAAAGCAGCGGCGCUGGCCGCCACCCUCUUCGCAACGACUGUAGUCAAGGAAGCACUGGAGCUGCUGGUGAAGCAUGGAUGAAGUUCAUGCUAAAUGAUGCUUUGCGCGUUGUAUUUGCUCGGAUGUUUUCCCCUACCUUCGACCUCAAGGACGCGAAGAGCCUUCUUUUCAUCGGCGAGACUGGGCUCCUGCUAAAGGCACUCAUGAAUAAACUUGGCCCCGCAGACGCUUCACUUUCCGUGAUGUUAUAUGAAACAUUUUCACCGUUGGUGGGUGAAAGUGAAGCGACGGGCUUUAUAUCAGCUCUGCAACAGCAGCCGGGGCGCUUCUCAACGGAGAUGAAGGUGCGCUUCUGCAAUAUGCUGAAGUUUGCGAGGCAACAUUACGCAGCGUAG